CAACCUGCGCUUACCAGCGCCAAGAGUCCCGCACGAGUCCGGAGUCGCCAUGAGCCCAUGGCGGCGCUUGGGGAUCUCCUUUGCGUGAAGGCGGUGCCGCUUCAGGUCAAGGUGGAAGAUGGGUCUCGUGCUAGCCGAGCGCGGAGCCUGCGCCCGGCGCUGAGCUUCGGCGCGUCUAGAGGAGCCGAGGCGCUGUGCGGCGGCAGCCUUAGGCUGACAGGUGAGGAGCUGCUGCCUCCCGUGCGCAGGAACAGGCCGCUGCUCCCGCGCCUGCGGGCGGCAUCGCUGGAGCCCCUCUCGCGCCAGGCCGCGCGCCACUGCUUAGAGCCCUUGCCGCCUUGGGAUGUCCUUGGCCCGUCUGGUGACAUCCAGCUUUUGGGCCAAAGUCAGCUCGAUUCACCUGCGCCAGCCCCUCCGCGCCCAGCCUUUGAGGUGGACGAGGAUCCCUGGCCAGACAGGAGCAGUUCGGAGACCUUGCAGAGCGUGAGUCCUGAAGCCUUGGCAUUGCAGGGAGACGCCUUUAGCUUCGUGGAGAACUGCACGCCGGAGGACUCUGGCGACGAAGAUGCUGUGGAGACGGCAGGCGAAGACGGCGAGGAUGGCGAGGAUGGCGAUGAUGAAGCAGAGGACUGGAGGGAGACAGAAGCAACCGAAGCAACCGAAGCGGAAGACCUAGACGAGGACAUGGAUGUCCCUGACGGAGAAUUUGACGAGGAGAAUGAAGAUGGAGGCCCAAUUGGGCUGGCCCACGACUCAGACGGCGAUCAGCCGGGGGCCACUCUGCAAGAUGAAGGCCAGUGCGACGAAGAGGAGGCACCGCGACCAGUGUCCAGAGAGACGCCAGUGGUGGACGAGCUCGUGAUUGUGAAUGCUACAAUGCCUGUGAUUAUCGACCGGCCAAAGAAGAAAAAGAAGAAGAAGAAGCGAAAAAAGAAGACCAAAAGGAGCCAAAGUCUAAAGUUCGUGGAGGAGGUGGACAAGAAGCCGCCGGUGCCGCGCUUCCCCCAUCCCAAGGAUGCCAAGGAUCCCAAGGAGCCGUUGGCGCCGACACCAGCAGCACCUCCCUUGGCUACGCCGGAGCAGAAAGUACCCUUGCGCGAGCGAUUCGCAAAGCACCUGCUGCUGGGGAGAUUUCCGAAGCGCCGGCCUUCGGUGAACACAGACACCGAGACUGAGGCUGAGAAGCCACAAGAGACAGAAACCGAGGCGCCCACGGAGACCGAGGGGGCGACGGCGACGCCCCCUCCGCAGCCUCGCCGCUUCUUCGCUCGCCGGAAGAAGCCACAGCCACAGCCAGAGCCGGAGCCGCGGAGGCGGAGGGAGAAAGAAGAGCCACAGAGUGAUGCGGAGAAGACGUCCGGGCUGGCGCUCGUGGUGAAGGCGAUGCCGCGGCUUCGUCGGGUGGUGGCAGUGCCGAAAGUCAGCUGGAAGGAGCCGGUGGACUCCAGCCUCUUGAGCUUGGGCUCCCUCUACUUCUCCUUCAGCUCCAUGCGGGGCCCGGAGGGCCAGAAGGUGUCUUUGCAGAACCGAGACAAAGUGGUGAAAACGUUGCACGAGUUGAACAGCAAGGUGGCCGUGCCCAUUUGCCGGCACUUUGGGCUCCGCUUCAACUUCUUUUCGGAGCACCAUCCACAGGCGAAGAAGGCAGGCGUGACCUGCAAGGAGCCCCUGAUCCUUCGGAAACAGGGGCCAGAUGGCACGGAAGUGCAGGAGACCCGGUACUUGGUGACCAUCCGCUUGCGCCUUCGGCUCCAUCCAACCAAGGGUGACCCGCAGACUGACUUCAUCUCUCACGGCACACAGAUCGCUGUGCUCCUGCAUGAGCUUUGCCAUCUUAAGCACAUGAACCACGGGAAGGACUUUAUGCUUUUCCUGCGCGACAUCUUUGCUUUCGCUUGCAAGUCAGGGGUGUUCGAGAAGGGCGAGGUGAAUGAGAUCCCUUCGCCUUGGCAGCAUGCCCAGCAGCCACCAGGGCAGCCAUGGGAGAAUGCAAUUUUCCAGCGCGCCGGCGACGUGUCCGAUGAAGAGCUGCUGCGGCUCUUCGCGGAGCAUCGGGCUGCCCAGCGCCAGGAGCGCACGCCAGACAAGGAGGACCCGAAGGAGGCGAGCGAGGCGAUCAGCACCUCAGCCUCGGAUGGCGCGCGCACGCCACCGCCACCGCCAGGAAGCCCACGGCCUCCGAAAGCGCUUUCCCUGGUGUCGGCCUUCGGGGUCGAAGGCUGCGCCGAUGGCUGUUGCUCACCUCCGGAAGGUCCUACGGAGAUCGCCUACGGUGAGGACAGCGAGAGGGGCGAAAGCAGAUCUGGCUUCACGCCCUCCCCCUGCAAGCUGCCGUCCUUGGCGCCCUCACCGCCGGCACCGCCCCCGCCGCCGCCUCCGGUGAGAAGCGUGACGCGCCUGCCGCCGCUAUGAGCUGACGGUUUCGUGUUGAGAAGCCUUCUGGUUUCCCAUGCUGUACGUGUUCAUACGUGUUCGUGCUUGUGUUGCU